AUGGAUCCCCUACCAGAGUACUCCCUGUUCCUAGUCCGGAUCCUGGAGGAACUAGACACUAAACACAGUAGUGUGUCCUACCAGGAUCUCUGUAAGUCCCUGUGUGCCCGCUUUGACCUGGUCCACUUGGCCAAGCUACGGAGCCUUCUGUUCUACACAGCCUGCCUGGACCCAGCCUUCCCUGCCACUCUCUUCAAAGACAAGAUGAGAUGUACUGUUGAGGACCAGCAGUCUAAGAAACUCAUGGUGGCAGCGGAUAUCGUCACUAUGUUUAACCUAAUCCAAAUGAACGGGGGGAUCGCCAAAGAUAAGCUCCCGAUGGCACCACCGAGGCCCAAGUUCCACAAGAACCAGUCGUUUGAGUCAUGCAGGUCCGACACUGAUGUUUAUAAGUACCAGGACUAUGAGAGGGGCGGCGGUUAUGACCUCAUGGAUCAACCCUCCAGGGCAGGUCACCACCCCCACCAUCGCCCCAUAUCCCAAAACAACUCCUCCCACCCCCGCCCACACCCCCAUCCCCACUCCGCAAGCUCGAAAUCCAACUGCAGCCCGCAGUUUAUCCCGACCUCGGACCCUAACUUCCUAUUGGGCGUCAACAAGGAUCUAAAAUGUCGAGCAGCGUCGCUAGAUAAGCUGCAACACCUGCCUCAGUACUCGAGCUGCAGUCCUCCCUCGCCGCCCUGCGAGAUGCAGAGCACCUACUUUCCCAUAGACAUUGACAGUGAGUCCACCACAGACCAGGAGUCCCUGCAACACAUCAACCACACGGAGCCCUUCUCUGUCCACUCCUGUGUCCAGAAGAGAAACAUCUUCAAGGAGGAUUUUCACAACCUGCUAGCGUUCUCCCCACAGGUCAUCACCUCAGAGUGCAAACCAAACAUCAGGGCAACUGGAGGCUACCACCGGAGAGAGCUCCACAAACCUGCCACAUUCUUCAACCACAGCUUCGAGCUGCCCUACAGUAACCCCUACUUUGAGCCUACUAUGAACUCGCCCAUUCAGGACAAACGGCGAGCGAAGCACGAGAGUCUGGACGACCUUCAAGCGUCUACGUAUUUCGGCCCAACGACAGUGACGGAGUGCGUGAACACACGGAGGAGUACGGCUAGGCCGGGGAAGCAGCCUAUUUGGCCCGUGAAAAGCCUGAGUCUGAAUGCUGAAGAAGGGCCACCGGAUUUCGAGAGGUCAUUUCUGAACGGGAAACCGCUGAAAGACAACCAUCGCCACAAUGUAGUCAAUAAAGAGAAUGAGCAGCACUUCCAGUGUGCCAAAGAGAAAGUGGUGGCCUCCCCUUCAGGGUUCGCAAAGAAAACCAACGGGUUGAAAACAAAGGAUAUGUCUUCAAUGGCGUGCGGUCCCGGGGUGGGUGUCGACAAAAGAGAGGUUGGGAAAAUGUUUAAAGAGAAAGGCAUCAACAGUACGUCUUUUCAAGGAGGUAACAUAGACAGCUCGUCCAGCGUAGGGACACAAACGGAGCAGGCCGAACAGAGGAAGCUAAAAGACUAUGCCGCCGCUCACGCAAAAUACGUCGAGAGAGAGAGGCACUCGUGCAAACAAUCGGAAGAGGACUCUGAGAUCAUCAGCGAUGACAUCAGUGACAUCUUCCGCUUCCUUGACGACAUGAGCGUGUGCGACUCGCUGGGCAUCAUCCAAACGUCGUGCUACAACAGCAUCGGAUCUCUCUCUCAGGUGACCAUGAAGUCUGACGGCGACAGCUCACCCGAAUGCAACACGGUCAAACUGGCCAAGUCCAAGCUGGACUGCCUCUUUCACUCCCUAGAGGACACGGACGACGAGCUCAAAUCGAGCGUGUGCAAGCUUGUUAUGAGGAUAGGUGAGAUCGAGAAGAAGCUGGAGUCUCUGUCCGGAGUCCGAGGGGAGAUCUCGCAGGUGCUCUCCAAGCUCACCAAACUCGACGAGAAGAUCCAGGAACCCGAAACCAACGGGAGACCAGGCGAAAACGCUUUAGCCACCACUUCCACCACAGAUCACCUUCACCCCGACCCCAACCUCUCGCCCCAUGUCUUUCAGUGUCACACGACAGGCCACAACAUCAAGGUGGACAACGGAUCAGUGGAGUGGGGCUGCUCAGACAGUGAGAGUCUGAGAGUCAAGGCAAUUAAGAAAAGUAUGUUCACGCGGAGGUCGUCACGCUCACUCAAUGAGGAGAACAGCGCCACGGAGUCAAAGGUGGCGAGCAUCACCAACUCACCACGGGACUGGAGGACGGUGUCGUAUUCCUCGCACCAUGGGGAUGAGGGCAAAGACAAGGACAGAGACAGAGACCGAGAAAGGGACACCAAGGACAGACACAGGAAAGCCAAAGAGCGGGAGCGCCAGUAUGAGAUCGCCCCCCAGGUCCACCGCUCCUCAAAGCCCCCCAAGGACUCCUACCUGGUGGAGCAGGUGUUCUCACCGCACCCCUUCCCCCCCUCCGUCAAGUCCCACAUGAAGGGCAGCCCCCUGUACACGGACCUCAGGCUCACAGGCCUGUCAGGUGACGGCAAACGGAGUCAGCCCUCCUGGACCAUCGAGGAGUACAAGCGCAAUGCGGGUGGCGAGAAAGGCAAGCAGCUGUCCGCCCUGGACCUGCAGACGCAGGAGUCAUUGAACCCCAAUAACCUGGAGUACUGGAUGGAGGAUAUCUACACGCCGGGUUACGAUUCGCUGCUGAAGAGGAAGGAAGCGGCGUUUCGGAGAGCCAAGGUGUGCAAGAUUGGAGCGCUGAUUGCCGCGGCCGCCUGCACUGUGAUCCUGGUCAUCGUCGUGCCCAUAUGCACUAUGAAGUCAUGA